GUUAGAGCCGAUUUUACCUAUUCAGGUGAACGUGAACGCGGCACUUCAGACAGACCCUUCAACUCAUCACGGCAGCAUAAAUCUUUAAAUAAAGAAGCAUUCACUGUUGAUAAAUCUAUGAUAAAAGAAUAUGAGAGAUUAGAAGCAAAAGCAUCUGAACUAUUAUCUUUAUCUAGACCACUGCAAUCAAAUAAUUAA